UUCACUAAAAAAUCAGAAGAAGCUCCAAAAGAAGCUCUCUCCAAAUAUCUAAAAUUUCGUACGGGUUCCUCUGACGGGAGCGAUGGAAAUUGACGGUGGAGAUCGCAAUUCCGGUGACCGGCCGAUCAUCAUGGUCACAAACGACGACGGUAUCGACGCGCCUGGCUUGCGUUCCCUGGUUCACGUCCUCGUCUCCACCAACCUCUACGAUGUUCGCGUCUGCGCUCCUGAUUCGGAGAAAUCUGCUGUUAGUCACAGUAUCAUAUGGAAUAGACCACUUACUGCAAAACGAGUUGAAAUUGAUGGAGCUACAGCCUAUGCUGUUGAUGGAACCCCUGCGGAUUGCACUGGUUUGGGCUUAUCCGAGGCACUCUUCCCUUCUCUUCCUGACCUGGUUCUUAGUGGUAUUAACGUCGGUAGCAACUGUGGAUAUAACAUUGUCUAUUCUGGAACUGUUGCUGGUGCUCGUGAAGCCUUCCUUUAUGAUGUGCCUUCUGCCUCCAUUUCAUACGAUUUUGAUUGGAAACAAAAAGAGGUGAAUGCUAAUGAUUUUGUCCUUUCUGCCCAAGCUUGCUUGCCUAUUAUCAACGGCAUACUCAGUGCGGUCAAGAACAAAACUCAUCCUAUGAAAUGCUUUCUGAAUAUCGAUUUGCCGACUGAUAUAGCUAAUCAUAAGGGAUACAAACUAACUAAACAAGGUAAAAGCAUGAACAAAAUGGGAUGGAGACAAGUGGAAGAGGAUGCACAAGGACCGAAGAUGUUAUCAACAAUGACAAUGGAAACAGAGUCAGGAGUUGUCUCAUCAGACAACGACACAUCUGUUCAUUCAAAAGAGAGCCGCUUAUUCAAGAGAGAGGUAAGGGAUAGGAUAACUGAGGAAGGGACUGAUUCUCACGUCCUGAAAGAAGGAUAUAUUACGGUGACACCCCUUGGAGCUCUCUCUCAAACUGAUGUGGACUGCCAAAAUUACUACAAAGAGUGGCUUCCCAAGAUUACGAACCAGUCAUGUUCCUCAUCCCUGUGAUGACACAACUUGAAAAAAAAAAAAAAAACUCUAUUAAGUUACCCAUUGUGGAUCACACUACAAUUUGUGGUAGACCUAUUUAAUUACUAUUAUUAUUAUCAGUUCUAGUUGUUUAGUUAUAUGUUGUGAGUAGAAAAGUCUCUGUUGUUCUGAGUCCAUGUUUGGAACAUCAAGGAUUUUUCAAACUCUAUUUCUCUUAAAAAAACAUAUAAAAAAUGACUUUUAUAUAAUC